AUUUUACAUUUUCUAGGUAAUGGAAAAGCUAUCUCUUUAUAUGCCCUCUGGAGAAAGUAACUUUGCUAACUGAAUGCAUGGAAGUCCCAAAGAUGCUAUUGUGGAAUUCAUUUGGAUGGCAAGAUAUAUUCAAGACUAUUUUUAUAUUCUCCAUUAUUUGUGACAUGACAGAACUAAAUAAGGCGAGGUAAGAUAUAAUUAUAUACUAUAUAAAUCUAUAUCCAGGCCUGCAUGCUUUUAUAGUAUUAGAGAAAUUUACAUCGUUCUAUAUCUGAAAAAAUCUCUAUAUAAGUUUUGAAAACAUGCCUAUUAUUCGUUACUUUAUGCUAGCUCUAAGGAUGGGCAUGCAGAGUACUCUGCCGAAUUUCUAACCGCAGAGUACGUCACUAAUUUUGACUGAUUAAUCCUUAUACCCUUUCAACUUUGAGCUAAAUGUACAUAGAUUUCGUCUUUCAGUAAACAUUUUCCCAGUAAUCUAUAUGUUUCACAUUUAGUGGAACAAAGGUCACACAAGGCCAAGAAAUGACCAACAACAGUCAAGUAACGAACAACAGUCAAGUAACGAACAACAGUCGAACGGAAAACCAUCAAUCACAAAGUGACAAUACUCUCAGUAGACGCAAACGAACAGCGUCAAAUCACGAAGAUAUCACGGCAUUACUUGAUGAAAUGCUCCACGAAGAUACAUAUGAUAGAAGAAUUAGACCGAAUAUUGGCGGUAAGUUAUUAAAGUAGCUCUCUGCGGUUUCAACAGGAAUACUUUUCUUGCACUUUCAAAUAUUUACAUGAUGGUUGUUUGUCUUCAGGUAAACCUGUUAAAGUGCAAGUUGGUUUAUGGGUGAUAGCUCUGGAUUCUAUUAAUGUCAUAGAUAUGGUAUGAUAUAUAACAUGUAUCUAUAACAAUGAACAUAUAGACAUUCGGAUAACUGUACGAUACGAGAACACUAACUCCAAUGGAUAUCCGUUGGCAGCCCUGCGGAAAGUCGACACCCGGCCACGCAGUAAGGGACGUCCGGUCAUGGCGCGGGGGGUGACCGAAGAGAAAUGUUUUCUUGCUAAACAUUUUGCUGACCCAACCAUUAAAAAGCCAAAAUUUCUCUGUACCCAACCUCAGAUAUCAAUUAGAAAAUAGAUACCCACCCCUCAUGGCCAAAAACUUUACAAAAGAAUAUUUACUCAGUUGUCAGACAUGUCUUUCACAACUUCUGUGACACGAGUUUGAUAACUGCUUGUGUAAUUUUCUGCAGACUAAGGUUUCAUGUUGUCUACACAUGUACUUUCUUUGAAGAGACCGUUUGUCUCCUGACAAAUCGGAAAAUGAUCAGGAUAUUGACUCUGAUUGACCAUGAUGAUACAUUUGUUUUAGCUAACCCCUGAGUUGUUUUGCUUUUAUUCAGCAUCCAACCUUUUACUCACUCAAAAUUGUGUUUACCCAAUUCUUUUCUCUUUGGUGUCACCCCCCGCCAUAAAUAUAAUGACCGGUCCGAGAUAUUUAUAUAGGUAACUCUACCGCUUUCAUGAUUUUCAAUUUUACCUCAAUCUUGACAUAAUGAUCCGAUAUCACGCUCAACCUCAUCCAAUGAUUAUUAAAUAUAUUGUAAAACACUACUUCUCCAUUUUUACAAUUAUGACGUCAUUGGAGCCACUUGGAAACCCCCCUCCCCCCGCGCACAGCCUCUUGGCGACUCUCCAUUCAGGGAUUGAAUGCUACGUUUUCAGCAUAAAUAACACAAACCGAGGCCUUGUCAUUUUCGAUAUCACGCGAAAACCAAAUUAUCCCCCCCCCCUCCAGCCCCCCUUAUCGGCGGCCCUGCCUGUAUGAUGAUUUUUUUCUUCUAUAGGACUUUAAAAUGGAUUUCUUUUUACGUCAACUGUGGGUAGAUCCAAGACUAGCUCACAUGCAGAACAAAACGUUUACAAUAAGUAAUAGAAUAUUAGAAAAAAUAUGGAUACCAGAUACAUAUUUUGUCAACUCGAAAGAAUCAAAAUUUCAUAAAGUCACACUUGAAAAUAAACUUCUGGAAAUUGGCACGGAUGGAGGAGUUCAUUUUAAUUCAAGGUAAGUUUUAGCCUCGUGCCAGGUUCUUUAAAUAAAGUCGUGUUUGACGCAAAUGCUUGUUACUACCCCAGGGUGACAGUCAAGCCAUCGUGUCAUAUGGAUCUGAGGAUGUUUCCAAAUGACGUGCAGAAAUGCAACUUGGAUAUAGAAAGUUGUAAGUAAUUAUAUUGUUUAUACACAAGAUAACGUAAUAUAACAUUUAUGGGAAGUUAGCGUUGAUUGGUCAGGAAGCGUGUUUCUAUAACGGUAUGAAAUUUUCCGUACAUGCUCGAAUGUCUUUCAAAUCCCAAUGUUCUCCUUGUCAUCCAGUCACGAUCCAGUGAUCGGUUGUUCCAUUGUCUUUUCAAUUCAUUGUUUUGAAAGUCCCACUGUUCUCCAUGCCAUCCAGUCAUACUCGAAGUGAAAACAUGUACAAUAUAAUAAUUAUGGCAGGAAGAGAAAUCAGACCGUAAGCCCCACUGACAAUUACUCCCUUCUAGACUGAAAUGAGAAAAAUACUUAGGUUGCAUAGACCAAUUAAUUAUAAAUAUUAUAGUUUGCCUAUUUAAACUAAGAAUAAACGUCGAUGAACGAGAAAUUGAAAUGGUUAAUACGGCUGGUACGACAGAACAUUUUCUUUGUGAUAAGUAGUAGUCCUUGAGUAACUUGGCUAAUGUGGGUUGAGACUUGUUGGCGAACUAUUCCAUAAGUUGAUACAUUUUGGAAAGAAAUAACUUUAGUGUUUGUGUCUUGAUAAUAAAAGAUGACAAAAUUAAAGUCCCGUUCAAAGGCGUCCAACAUCGUCCAACCAUUGGCGAAGCUAGCUAUGGUAACUGGUCAUGCUAUGCUAAGGGACGGACCAUUAGAAAAGUGAUGCGGGGGGGGGGGACUUUCUAAGAGGCAAUAUUUUUUUUUGUACACCUAUAGAAGAAUUUUUUUCCUCACUUGAUGGCUGGAAAUAUUUUUUUAAGUGAAAUUUAUAGGCUUAUCUUCCAAGCUAGGAAAUUUUGUUUUGCACUAUGCCUGGGAAGAUUUUUUCCCCUAAUUUUUUUCUGGGAAUAAUUUUUUUGUUGUUUUUGCCCUACCACUUUUCUAAUGGUCCAUCCCUAAUAAACCUGCGUCUGAAUAGGUUAAAUACAAUACAUUUCUAAAGGUUUGAAUAAUGGAAACUCUAGUGGAACACUGCAAGAUCCACGACUUGUGCGGACCUUCGUACCAUUGAAACUUGCAUGAAAAUGAUGAAAUUAAAUGAGAUAACAUACUAUGCAGAAUUCUGAAGACAACGUCAACGUAGAACAAAAAUGUUAGAAAUUUCUGAGAACUACUUUUAUGUCUUGAAAAAGUUUUUUUAUUAUAUUCUAGAUAGCUACAAUGAAGGAGAAGUGAUUUUAGUUUGGGAAGAAAGAAAAGAUGGUGGAUUAGCAAUUCCAUUACGUAAUUUACCACAACAUAACAUAUCUGAAACCCUCACGAUGCAACUACGCACAGAGUACAUGUCUGGUAAGUUGUUACUGUCGUUUGCACCUAAUGCUGUAGACAGUCACAUAUCAGAACAGUGUCUUUUCUUACAUUAAAUUUCAAUAUUUGUGAGGAGCAUUUUAUUGAAGCUUUCUAUUUGCUUAACAAGGCUGGCCGGUUUGAAAACAUGUUCUGGGCCAUUGACUUUUAAACAUUGACUUUUACGUGAGAGUGCAAAUCAUAAAAACAUGCUUCCUUGAGCUGACUCGUACCCAGUCGUCAACGAUUACAUAUAUUGAAUAGUGGACUGAGAUUGGACUGGGUACAACUCAUAAGAGUCAGUUCUUUGAGCGCACACGAGACAAUGGUACAGCGUCGAGCCCGGCAAUGAGCCUGGAGUUCUGCAAGCUGUGUCCAUUUUGCUAACUUAUCACCCGAUUUUAUUUUGUAGGUAAUUGGAGCGGGAUUCGAGCUGUAAUUACAAUCAAAAGAAAAAUGGGAUAUUUUUUAGUCCAUGUUUAUUCACCCUCAGCACUUAUAGUAGUUUUAUCUUGGAUUUCAUUUUGUAUUCCACUCGAGUCAACGGCUGCAAGAGUUACACUGGGGAUUACUUCAGUUUUGACUACUACGACCAUCCUAAAUAUUCUGAAUAAUUCUAUGCCAAAGGUAAUAUCAUGUUUAAUAUUUCAAAGUUAACAUGUCUAAGCCGCAAUCAGCUAGGGCAUAGUUUGGUGCUUCAAAGAAACCAAUCAGAUCCUUAAUUUCAGGUAUCCAUGCACGAUGCUAUAUGUAGUAACAAGAGUGCGCUGUUCCCAUGAACUUUGUAUAAUACUAUAAUCUAGAUUCUGCUAUUUGGAGGACCAUUUUUUUCUUCUUUAUUCUAAAGGCAGUAUACUACUCUUAAUGAAAACUACAAAUACUAUCACAUUACGUCUCCGCAUUCUUUUUUCUUUCCAAACAUUGUUCAUGGGAAUCAUGGCUCACCAAACUAUGUAUAUUUUGCAUCUUCAUUUUCUUCAGGUUUCGUACGUGAAGGCGAUAGAUUGGUAUCUUAUCUGUUGUUUCCUGUUUGUAUUUGCUGUCCUUGUUGAAUACACGAUAGUGCUCUAUCUUGACAAUAUUGGUCAACGUAAGAGAAAGAAAAAGGAAUUGCAGAAAAAGUUAGAGAUUGAAGAGAAAAAAAAGGUACAUACCACAGCCUUUUGUCUUAAUAGCUUACUCAGAAAGGAUAGUGAAAAGUUGAUAUAAGCAAUGGCCAAUGCAGCAAGAUUAAGUAUAUCGUAUGACCAAUAUUUAUGAUACCCAAUCGCACGUAAUAACAAAACGAGCACAUGGCCACGCAGUCAAAGGUGAUCGUAUUCUUGUGGACAUUUUUCACACAAAGCAACUUUGCACUAAAAACUGUGAGAAAUGAUCUUGUGAUAGGAAGAAGUAAAAUUCAGUCCGUCGAACGCCUAUAUGACGAUUCUGUGUUUAGGGGAACUGACUUUCUCUAGUCAAGUUGUCGUGAUUGGGGAAGGCAACAUGGGGGUUGAAACGUAGUGGUUGGUGCAUGUAGACAAUAAACACACAGGAAAUAUAAUCUAAGGACAGUUCUCCCUCAAGGGAAUGCCCUCUUAUUUUUGCUCCGGAAACUAAUGAAUUGAAUCUGAAAUCAGGGCCGUACGCAGGAUUUUUUCAAUGCAUUCAAAGUCAUAUCAAUUCAGAUGCAUGCAUAUUGCCGCACCAUACAGAAUCAUGUAAUCUGAUUCACAAGAUUAUAAGCGUCAUUUAGCUUAAUACUUUGCCCCUUAAUACUGCUGCCUCUCCCCACAAGUAAAGUUAUAUUUAGUACGCUACUGCCCCCAUGUACGCCCGUGCCUGGAAGAAAAUAGAGAUAGAGCUUAAGCAAAGCGACGUUUUCGCCAACACGGACGUGAGAUUGCUGAGAUUGCAUAAAAACUGUGUUUGUGUCAGUUUGUGGUAAUCUUCAACACAUAUGACAAAACAUAAGAUUUUGCUUCCUUAUACGAACGCUAUGAGGCAAACUGCCGCCAAUUUUUGGGUGACCUCCCUGUUUGACAAAACGUCGUUUGCUUAGCUCACUAUUCUUAAACUGAACGUGUAGUUUGAUACAGGUCUCUACAAAAUCAUUAUUUUAACUACAAUCUUAAUUUCAGAAUGAGGCAAAACGACCGUUUAGUAAUAAUAAUGAACCAAAAAAGAAAUCUACGUAUGCAAAGAUUCGUAAAGAAGGUGACGUAGCCACGUAUGUACACGGUGAUACUAAACCUAAAAAGAAGUUACGGGAUCGCAUUAAAGAAUAUCUUCAUAGAUUGACUGUUCGAGAUAUUGAUGAGUUGUCUAGAAUUUUCUUCCCAUUAACGUUCAUGUUAUUUAAUGCAAUAUAUUGGAUAGCAUUUCUAUCGUAG